AAGAAUGGGUCCCAGCAAUGAUCCAGUAGAUCACGGGGAGUGUCUGAAUGAUAAACAAAUUCAAUCCUAACUACAAAGAAACAGAAGAUCCUUCAGAAUAUUCGCCUAAUAUUCCGCUCCUUCCUCCAAUAUGGAUAACAAUUUCCUCCUCUACCUUUUCCAUCCCCACCGCCAAUCUAUCCUCUCCCUUCCUCAUUACUAUAUAUAUAUAAUCCUUUCCCUUUUCCCUUCAUUUUCCUCAUCAUCUCAAACGCACCUUUUUACAAAAUUACAAAUUCUAAAACACCAUGUUUACAGAAGUUGAACAAGGACAGCUUAUCGAGAAACUUCAAAUCUUCAAGAUCCAUGGCAGAGAUAAACGUGGCCGAAAAAUCUUACGCAUCAUCGGAAAAUUCUUUCCUGCGAGGAUUUUGAGUGUUGAAGUUGUGAACAAGUAUUUAGCGGAGAAGAUUUUUCCUGAACUUGAGAAACGUCCGUUUUCCGUUGUGUAUGUUCACACCGAUGUGGAGAAAAGUGAGAAUUUUCCAGGAGUAUCUGCUUUACGAUCGUUCUACGAUGCGAUUCCGGUGAAAGUCCGGGAGAAUCUGGAGGCUGUUUACUUUCUUCACCCUGGCCUUCAAGCUAGGCUUUUCCUUGCCACAUUUGGUCGCUUCAUCUUCAGCGGAGGGUUAUAUGGGAAAUUGAGGUAUGUGAACAGAGUGGAUUAUCUGUGGGAUCAUGUAAGGAGGAAUGAAAUUGAGAUGCCAGAAUUUGUGUAUGAUCAUGAUGAAGAUCUUGAGUACCGUCCGAUGAUGGACUAUGGUUUGGAAAGUGAUCAUGCUAGGGUCUAUGAUGGUGCACCUGCAAUGGAUUCCCCUGUUACAAUGUACUCAAUGAGAUGCAUCUCAUAACCUAAUUGUGGAUACCUUUUGCACUCUAAUGGCUUUUUCAUAGUUAGAUGUGUAGGAACCUUAUGGCUUUGUUCUUUUUCUUUUCUCCUAUCUGUUGGUUUUUUUCUUCUUUUGUCUGUAAAUAUGAUGAGGUAGAUUGUAAGCAGCUAGCAAGUGCUUUUUUUUUUUUUUUUUUUCCACCUUGUUAUAUAGUAGUGUCUAUAAAGAAAGAUGACAGAGGUUAUCAACUUUGAAAGCGUUGAUGAUUUCCAAUAUGAAAAAACCUGUUGUACA